CCGUGCAAUAUAAAUUAAGGCCUGACUCCUCAUGUUCGCACCAAAAAAAAAAACAAGAAAUCCCGAGUUAAGAAAUCAAAGAAAGAGUUUCGAUUUGUUGACAAUGGCAGCGAAUGUGAGCAGCCACUACCAUGUGGAUUUGCUGGUGAAGGAGAAGAGGAAUUUGGAAGAAUAUGAAAAUGGCGAUCGUCAUCGGCAGAUAAAUAAUGUCAUCUCAUCACCAUCAUCAGUUCUUCCUCCGGAAAAUGGCAAUGGUGGGAUAGGUUUGAAGCUCGACAUCAAUGGUGGCAAAGGUGUAACCAGCAAUGGCGGACUGUCAGUGUCAGUCCCUGCAACACCUUCCCUUCCUCCUGUGAUCUCUGGCUGGUAUGCUGAUGUUUCCUCCCUUAGCCCAGGGGAAGCACGUUUUUAUGAGGUGGAGAAGGUUCUGUUCCAUGGCAAGUCCAAAUACCAAGAGCUUCUCGUGUUUCAGUCAAAGAAGCAUGGAAAAGUUGCGAUAUUGGAUGGUAGUCUACAGCUCACAGAGAGGGAUGAGUUUGCCUACCAAGAGAUGCUCACCCAUCUCCCUUUAUGCUCAAUCCCUCACCCUAAGAAGGUUUUGCUUGUUGGAGGUGGGGACGGGGGGAUCCUUCGAGAAAUAUCUCGUCAUAACUCAGUCGAGCAGAUCGACAUAUGCGAGAUCGACGAGAUGAUCAUCGAUGCUUACAAGAAAUUCUUCCCGGACAUAGCAGUGGGAUACAAGGACCCGAGAGUCCAAGUCUACAUCGAUAAUGGGAUUGCAUUCCUGAAGAAAAUUCCUGAAGGCACAUAUGAUGCCAUCAUUCUGGAUGCAUUCGUGGAGAUGGGAAAACAUGCAGUUGAGCUUGCCGACAAUGAUGUCCUACGAUCAAUCGCUAAGGCGCUUCGACCCGGUGGGGUUGUGGCAAUCCCGUCUAACAACCCAUGGAGCAUAGAUUCCUCGAUGGAGGCGAUCAUUUUGAAGUGCCAGAACAUCUUUGGAGGAUCCGUCAACUAUGCUUGGACCACAGUUCCAUCGUAUAAUAACGGGACGAUGGGCUUCCUGCUCUGUUCCACAAAGGGACCUAAAGUGGACUUCAAGAACCCCAUAAACCCCCUGAAUCCUAACCACUUUGGAGUGGCCGAAGGACCUUCCAAGUUCUACAACUCUGAGAUUCACGCUGCUGCAUUCUGCCUGCCAUCGUUUGCCAAGAUAGCAACCGGCUCCGAAGUUGCCUGAAGCAAGUCCUGGAUAGAGACAUAUAAAUGCUACUGCUGUUUUGUUUUCGUUCAUCGUUUACCUUAAACAUGGCGGUCUUUCUGUUUUUUCUUUUGGCUAGAUUGAUGUCGAUGUUCCUGUUAAAAAGUAAUGUUCUUCAACGCAGUUUCAUUUAGCA